CAUGUUGUGCCGUCGUCAUUGUUACUGGUGAACGCUCAAACAUAUCGACCCUUUUUGUGGUCUAGAGCCAGAAAAGGUGACCUUUUCCCCUGUCCCUUCAACAGAGGUAACACUAGAUAAUAACCUGUCAGUUAUACACGUCAUCCAUAUGAAGAGGAAUUGACAGCCUCCAACGACGAGUUUUUUUUUAUUAAUUUUGGACAAAAAUUUUAUUGACUACCCCUGACAUUGAUAACAUAGAAUUAGCUAAAGCAAGCGGAGAUAAAAAACAAACAGACUUCCUGAUGAACUCCCACUAUUGCGGGCAACAAAGGACAGAGGAAAGUCCCGUAUGGCGGUACUAGACUACAUAUUUGUUUUCCUUAGGUUACUCUUUCGCCAGAAAACAACCCGGACACCCCGAUGUUCACCACACCCGUGGGUGUGUCCAGUUAUUUCCAGUUCCCCCCUAUCCCAAAUGACGGCAUGGUUUACAUUGUUCGCUUGGUUUCGUCUCUGUCAACCGUGAACUACCAGUACACUCGGCCCGAGUCCACUGUCACUGCUACAGGAGUGCGCGCCCAUGUUCCGUUUAACUUCGAGCCUCAGGUAAGAUAGUUCACUGGUCAUUAUACGUUUUUGGGGAAAUGCCAACCUACCCCUCUCCUAAGCCAACAUUAACACAUACUUCUCACUCAGGGAAAAAUGCUGGCUUAGGGGAAGGGUAGGUGGGCAGUUUCCUAAAAGUGUAUAAUGAUCCCUUCUAAAAAUGCCAUAGUACUCUUGAAAAAAUGUACGUCAUUGAGUGUCAAUGUAUUUAGCAAGAAAGUUGUAUUAAGAGACACUGUGGGCGCUUUCCAUUCAACAAAAAUUACGGUUUGAAAUUUCGGAAAUUCCACAGGCCCAAUGGAGCUGUACAUUCCGGUUACACAAACCCGACCCAAGCCACCGCGUGUUUCGUUAUUUUUGUUGUAAGUAGGAUAGAGCAAAAUGAGCGGUACUGGGAACAACAAUUUUGUCAAAUGGAAAGGGACAUUUUGGUCCUACCGACCGAGAUAACAGGACCAGUCAAAGUGGACCGCCCUCAAAGCUGGUCUCGAAUAUUUCGGUCGGACCAAAUCGAAAUGAUCCGUUCCAUUUGAUGUACCAACCGAAAUUUCCGGAAUUUUGGGUUGAAUGGAGAGCGCCCUGUUUUUCCUUCUCCAAUUGGAGACUGGACCGUCAUUUUACGUGGUCCUUUAAGCCACGCGAAGGUCUAGCCACUUGCAGUGCAAAGGGUGUACCUUCAUUUCUCAGCUAUUUCAAGACCGUUAGUUUUGGUUCGACCACGGGAAUCGAGCCCGCAACCUCAUGCUCUGCAGUCAAACGAUCUACCGACUGAGCUAAUCCUGCUGCGGUUAACUGUGCGAGUUCGGCCUUUCUUGGACGUACUUAUUCAAGUGGUAUUUGUUAAAAUGGUACAAUGGAAUUUGGGGUCCACGUAGGCAGCUUGCCUUUAUUGAUAGUGUUCUCUUCGACGACUGUUAAUGAAUGUGAAUGUGUUUAUUAGUUUUCCACUAAAUGGGUUUUAAAAACUAAUUACAAUCAGUACAAAAUACAUUAAAAUUAAAAAUCUAAAAUUCUAAUAGAUGCUAAAAUAUAUCACAUUACUAAUUAAAAACUACUGAGAAAUUCCUUUAAAUGUCUCUUGAAGAUUGGCAAAUUAUCACAUCCUCUUAUUUCACAUGGAAGAGAAUUCCAGAAACUCGUUGCACGGUAUAAAAAUGUGCGUUGCCCAAAAGCUGACUUAUAAGCUGGGAUAUUCAAGUUAUUCUUAUAUCUAGUAUUACGGUCAUGAACGCAAUCACGUGUCUUAAAUCUAUGACAAAGGUAGCUAGGGGCUAACCCCUUAACACAUUUAAAUGCUAAAACUCCAAGUGUAUAUUUAAGAAAACUGGUCACGGGGAGCCACCUUAGCUCUCUUAAUGCCGGUGUUAUAUGAUCAAAUUUCCGCUUUCCAGUGAUAAUUCUACAAGCAAAAUUCUGAACUUUCUGCAGCUUCGAGAUAUUUUUCUUUGAAGUAUUAGACCACACCGGAGAACAGUAGUAUAACUUGCUAAACACUAAGGCAUUUAUAACCCGUUGUAAUGUCCUAGCAUCAAACAGAUGCUUUACCCUUACUGUUUCCAGUAGUAUGCUCAAGUUAGGUUUUGAGCCUUUUGGGAAUUAAAAAAUGUUUCUAAAAUUGAUCCUUUUUUUUCCUCAGCCACGUAAAGCUGAACCGGAACCCUCCCAAGGAUCUUUCCUCACCUUACCCCUGCUUGUCGUUCUCAUUUUACUAGUGGUGAAUCAUAACAAGGUAUGAUAUUAUUGACGUAUGCUCCGAUUCUAUUUUUUACCAUACCCCGGUCACACUGCCAAAGAUUUCCCUUUUUUCCUUUCCUUUGUAUGAUUAUUUUAUUUUAUUUUUUCUCAUUUUGGGGUCUAUCGCCGAUUCAAACACAUCUGUUUUAGAUUUCGAGACAUCCACAAAAGUUCGUAGACCGCGCAGUCAGGCGCCAUGUUUUUAUAACUGAUUUUACGCUAGAACACUGCACACUGAACAGUUGUGUUUUUUAUUUCCCCAUCCCCCUACCCCCGAGACAAGAACACGUAAAGCAAUUCAACUUAUUACGUUUAUGAAUCGAUAAUUUUAUCAAAACUUGGUACCAAAUUGGAGGUCAAACAUCAGUAGAUAUCCUGAGUAUAAUUUGAUAUCGGUAAUACCGCAUAUCACGUGAUUGUAUCAUUUUUAUUCCAGGUUAUUCCUGUUCUUCAGCAAGUGCCCCAAAUGAUACAAGGAGUUUCUACUGAUCAAAUGCAAGCUCAACUUGAGGACUCUCUAAGAAACAAGAAGAAAUCUCAACCAACACGAAGGAGAUAGCAAACUAGAAAACUCUAGGGAUUAGGAAUUUUAAAAAUUAAUUUGGAAAUCAUUGUCUUUAACUCCUAGGUUCCUUAUUUAAAAGCUAAUUUGAAAAACAUAAGCACAGACAGCUCUAAAUUCUGUUCUGUACACUGUUAGAAAACAGGUACUAAGCCAGCAACUAAAUGGCCUAACAUUUUUUAAAUUUAUACAUGACCUUAAGAUUGUUAAUCUUUUUAAAUCCAGUAAUCAUGUUAGAAAGAUGUUGCUUACGAUCACGUGGUUGAGUGCAGUCGUGAGUACGACUGUUAUAGCCUCGUGCACAGACUUUCCUUUGGCUCGUCACACAAUCAGAGAGGAUUGAGUGACGAACCAAAAGGAAGUCUGUGCACGAGGCGAGGAUUGUCAUGGUGUUAGUGGCUUACUUUUCGACAACUUGUAAAGAAGACAUUAUAAGAGCUGAUUACUUAAAAGUUAGGUCAUGCUCGUACAGGGUAAUAAACAUCAUUGCAGGAAAGUAUUCCCCCAA